UUGCUGUUGUUGGGCUCUUUGAAUGGGUAGCUUAUAUGUGCCGUUUUGAAAAUGAAUUUGAAAAUGAGAUUGAAUUUAAAUCGCCAUGGUUCUGAUAUGUGCUCUCCUUUCCGUGGUUUUGACAGCUGUUCUCUCCCAGUCUAAACAUGAGGUUCGCUGGCUGCCAUGCGAGUUUAUUGACGAACAUGUUGUGAUCGUCGAGGAACUCGUUUUAGGGAAGAAGAUGAACAUAUCGGAAACAAAAUAUCAACAUCGAAAUGCUGGACUGCAGUUUGGCAAUCCCGGAGACAGGCCAGUGCGUUCGGAUUUAAUAACCUUCCUCGCCACAGCCUCCAAGGUGGACAUGCGACGGUACAUGAAAGAGGGAUUGGACACUCUUCAAUGCGAGGUGCGCAGGUACCGUACGGGCGCUUCGCCGGUACGCUGGCCCAGCAUGGGAGCCCAGGAGCACGACAACUGGUUUACCUGCACACUGCGCCACACAGAGGGACAUUUUGUCAUCACUUCUUUCCUCAGACAUAGUCCCAGUGUUCCCGAUGUUAUGCAGCCAAACUUACAGUGGAGUCCAAUUGCAGAUAGAGACAUAAUCACCACUACAGCUGUGGUGUUGAUGUUCAGCAACACCCCCUCUGUGGUGGUUGCCCUGAUGGAGGAGCAGACGCUGAACUGUGAGUUUGCUGUAGACCACAAGGCAGCCCACCUCACUGUAGAGUGGUACCUGCAGCGCAACGGUUAUCCCACGACCAAGCUCUUCAGCUACGCCAGCCACACCGGCCAAAGCGAGGGCAGUGGCGUGUCUGUGAAGGCCAUUGCUAAGGGAGAUGCGUCUCUCAAGAUUCCCCUUACAAGAGAAACCAGUGAGGGCACCUAUGUCUGCUCUUUGCACAUACCUCCACUCUCAGGCAGCUGCAACAUCCCCGUGGAAAUCAAGGAGCCUCCCUUUGUGUCCCUGAAUGUGAACUCUGAGGUGUCUCUGUCUGAGGGGGAGUUGCAGAGGGUGGAUUGUGAGGCGAAAGGCUACUACCCCCUGGACGUGCACAUGGAAUGGGUGAGGAAGUCUGUUAACCCAGGAACGAGUCACGUGUUUGAAGUGCUGAAUACUCUAGGUAUUGUCAAAUUCCCUAGCCAUCGCCACAACCCGGAUGGCACCUACUCCAGCAUCGCCUAUUUCCUGCUCAGGCCCACCCUCCAGGACUCUGGGUACCUCUACACAUGCAGAGUGUCUCACAAAGCUCUGCAAAUGCCCAUCCGGAAGAGCUUCACCCUCAGUGUCACAAGAAAGGAUUCAUAUAUAUGGUACCUACCUCCUCUUUUGAGUAUAAUUGGAAUCCUGGCUUUGCUACUGUCCAGACGACAUGCAGUUGCAGGAAAAGCAUAAGACUCAUCCCCACAAAUAUAGUCUGGUUACAACCAUAAGAUUGAACAUUAGUAUGGGGAGUCUGGGUUUUCUACUGCACAAGAGGCGUGAUCAAUGGACAUCGUUCAAACGACUCUAUACGCAUGGAUAGUCCCUCAGCCAAUCAGACCAACGAUCCGGUGUGCCUUGUGGAUAAGCUAGCUUGUGAUUGGACACAAAGGCUGUGGACAGGAAGCAUGCAGGGGAGAUAGAUGUGCAGGUUUCCAGCCUGAGCUGCCAGGCAAAAUCCCAAUUUGCCGGAAGGUCAGGCAGGGUUUACCCAGCCUGCACAAAUAUGCAGCUAAAAGCAGUUUUAUAGACUGGGAAAACUGCUUCUUCGAUCAUCUUCUUCUGGCUAGAAUGUCUCUGGCCGUCCCUAGAACCAUAUAAAAGCUUUGAAAUUUGCCACAUUGGGGACAUUUCUAUGAUUCAACCUUCUGCACAAGUUUUAUAUGGGGUAUGAUGGGGCUACUCUCACCAGCUCUCUUCAACCUGUACAUGAACAAGUUAUCCAACCAAUUGACAGGCUGCAAAACUGUCUGUAUAAUUGGUAACACCUUGGUAAAUCAUGCUGGUGAUAUGACCAUUUUCUCUCCCAGCUGGCUUUCAGAUACUGAAUAUAUGCCUUGAAUAUGGGGUGAAAUAUGGGGUGAAAAUGAGGCGUAAUAUGUAAUGUAGGCUAUAAUGCUAAAUAGAAUGCCCUCUUGAUGUGAAGGACAGAAGGGGACAAAGAUCUUUGUUUUCCAGACCUUUUCCUUUAUCUGUUACAAGUGAUUGGUGUCUAUAGCAUAAUAUGGCUAUGGCUAUGGCUAUGGCUAUGGCUAUGGCUAUGGCUAUGGUUAUUUAGCAGACGCCUUUGUCCAAAGCGACAUACAAAUAAAUAACAAUACAAAUUAAAUUAACAGUGAACAAUUACAAACUAGGGAGAAUAGUAAUAUUAUCAGUAGAACAUUAAUUUUAAGCACUAACCUAAUGAGAAAUAAAACAGUGAAAUGAGAAUAGCAAUCAAAUAAGUCACUCAGUUAAUUAUAUAUGAUAAUAAUAACUAAAGCAUGGUAUGGCUAAAUUUAAGGACAAUAGCAAAAUAAAUUUCAAAUUCUAUCAAUAGACAAAUUAUAACAAAACAAUACUAUUAUACAAACCAUAACACAUCACAAACUCAAAGGACUAAGUGCAUAUUAAAUAAAUAUGCCUUAAGACCCCUCUUAAAAGAUCCAAAGCUGUUGCUGGAACGGAGAGCACUGGGUAACUCAUUCCACCAACAUGGAACCACUGAAGAAUCUGAGUCUGAAUCUGAGUCACUACAUUACAGAUCAGUUAUCUGAUAAUGAUCGCUUAUUAUACAGUAUGCCCAGAAUAACAUGUUGGCAAGAAAAUUACACAUGGGCAGAGAUCAUGUCAAAAUUAUAAAAAGUAGACAAUCCACGCACAUCCUAUUCAACCUGGGUGCCGGAACUUCAGAAAAGGCCAUACAAAAAGGAUAAAAAGU